GGAGUGCCCCUUGGGCAGUUUACAGCACUGCACUUUCUGCAUCAACAGAUUGCAGUCACCUGACUGCGCGCUUGAACGCGCCUUCCUUUGCUGAAGCUACCCGUCGUCGCGCCCACCUGCCUACCUAAGCUGCCUUGCCCCUGUGGAAGCUGCCAGAGGCUAGACGACGCCUGCCUUCAAUGACAAAGACCUGAUUAUUCUGCGCUUCUCCCGAACGGGCUGUUUCUCUCAACCAAUCUAGGACUGACAGUCGGGCUAUCUGCCACCACUCGACGAACGCCAGACACAAUCGGUAAUGUGACGAUAAGACGAUCGUUCCCUUGCGACAUGCCCAUCGACAGGCACCAUGGCAUCUGUUGUAUCCUCCGGGCGCUCGGCUGCUGGGGCUAACGAGACAGGCAGCACUGCCCCGGUGCUCGAAUUCCUCUGCCUUUUCACCCACGACUUGAAAAGGAAGCAAAAGAGAUGGCAGGAUGGCCGCCUCAAGUACCACACCUUCAACAGGCGCGUCAUGGUCCACGAUGACCGCGGAAAUUAUGUGGGUGAUAUGCACUGGCGUCGCGACUGGGAUUUCGACGAGGGGGAAGAGAUUGAGCUGGAACGGGGCGGCGUCAUCGUCCAAGUUGCCGAAUGUGUGGCACGUCAGCAACAAGAUCUCUCAGAGUUGAUAGACAAACGCGCGAAAGAGAAGGAGCAGCGCCAGGCAAUAAUAGCGUCACGGCCAGCCCGUCCUACUCCCGCGCAUACGCCCCUCCGAGUCACUCCUAGGAACAACGCCCAACAGGAUUACUUCCAAACUCGACACCGACCCCUAAACCAGCUUCUUGGCACCCCGACAGGCCAUCACGGUCGUGCUCUCGUAUCCAACGAAUCGCCCUUUGAACAGCGACACAGCGUCGACGAACCCAACGAUGGCGCUGACAGCUCUAGACCAUCAAAGAGGAGACGGUAUGAAGACACACCUCCGAGCAAAAUGGGAUAUGCUCAGAGUUUGUUCGGUGCGCCCUUGACCCUGUCCGGAGCACCUGCGAGCUCGGCACCCUUGCGACGCCCUGCGGUAGCGAAGGUGCAGACUAGACGGGAACCCUCUCCACCACAAGAGCUUGACUCUCGGCAGCAAGAGGAAAGUAUUGCGCCCACUCGAACGGCUCACACCAUGCGCCCUAACCGCAUGACGACUCAAAGAGUUGCGAACGUAUUACGACCGACACCAGCGGCUAAAAAGAGCAUUUCACCACCUGAAGAGAGUUUGUUCGUGUCACAAGAGGACCACAGUGAUCCCGUGCAGGAGACGUCGAAUCAUGAUGAUCAGAGACAUCACGCAGAGGACAGCAAUACCCGGCCUUAUGGACGUUCAAGUUUCUUUACUGGAUCCACUACGAGUGAAGCAGCAUACAGCUCCAAGCCCCCGCAAGUUGCCAAAGGAAAGGGCACAUUGCUUUCGAGCAUAGGAAAGAGCUCUGCAUUGCUAAACAACAAUAAGAGUAGUAACUCUACGCGCUCUCGUUUGACGUCGUCCAAUAAGAAUAAACAGACUAUCAUCCUGGACGACGACGACGACGACGAAAAUGAGGAUGGCCGGGAGCAGCGCAGAGAUGCCUCUCCACCUCCCAGGCCAGUCAUUGGGGCUAGGUCGAAACGUGCCGCUCCUGUUGCAGAGAAGACGCAAGGGAACAAACGCAAAAAGACUACGUCCGUGAAGAAGCCCGUUACCGACAAGGGAGCUCGACAAAAACCACAGAAUGAAUCAGAUCCAGUGACACUUCAAGAUGAGCCAAUGGUGGAGCUCAAGAUCAAAUCUCGACAGAAGCGUGGUUUAUUAGUACUGUCAGAGAAACCGAAGCGAGCCAAACGUCCAGCAAAAAGCCCUAGUAAUGAGGUUGCAACCGAGCCCAUGGAGGAGCGUACAAGUGUUAGGACUGUGGGCAAAAACGAAAACUUUGCGGUUAAUCAACAGGAAACUUGCCCAAGUGUUCCCGACGACUCGGAUGAUGACCCCUUCGCUUCCCCGAUGCCCGUCAUCGACACCAAUUCGCCACGAAAAGACAAAUCCCGGGAUAGUGGACGACCUGAAAUCCUCUCCAAGUCCCACAGAGACCGACCCGUCGCAAACCAAGAUCGAGGCGAGUCAGCUGCUGCCGCCGCUACGGAUUCACGGACAAGCCCAGCAAAGAAUAAGAAUCAGCAAAAAGGCCAAACUUUAGUGAGCGACUCCGACUCCAGUUCGAUAUCCCACCACUCCCACGUUGCGCAGAGAAAAGGGAAUGCUCAGCCAAAGGAAGUCAAUGCCAAAGAGAGCUUUGAACCUCCCGAACCCAAGACGAAAGUACACAUCGAAGUGGAGAGUGAAAAAGAAGACGAAGAGAUAUCAAGAUACCCACGAAGGCGUAGAACCACUCGAAGACCAGCCUCGCCCGAGUCUAAUGAUGGGAGCAAAACCGAUGAGCCUGAAUCGGCUGCAGAAAGUGCUGACGAAGAGCUACCUCAAGUUCCUGUUGGUCCACGCUUAGCCAAACUCGCCAGGAAAAGCAUCAAGAGCAGAGAGGUGAUUGGCUUCGUUCCAUCCAGCUCUCCGGUCAUCAACAUACACAAACAAGCCGAACCAGUCCCUGGCCAUCCGGCAGCAGAGUCUCGUUUAUUGGCCGAAGAAAGCUCAACUUCGCAUAGCAACACGAAAAAUCACGUUACGCCAAAGAGCCCGAAGGUAACCAUGGCGGAAAAUAACACAGAACGCACUGAGAAGCCCAAAUCGACGCUACCGCUCUCUGUCUUAAGAGAUGAGGUUGAUACCGCUUCCUUACAACAACCUGAAGUUGUUUCUGAACAGACCUCACAUGUAGCUACGAGUCCUGACAGCAACAACGUCACUCCUGAAGACGACCCCACGGCACCGUUCACGGAUAAACAAGCGCCUGGCAAUGAAUUAACCGACCGCAGCUCAAACGUUGUUACCAACAGAAGUGGCAACGUUUCGGCCGAUAUUGCGGCAUCAGCCACAGUCCGCAACCACAAACCACAGCCGGCUCAAGAGAUUAAGGAACCCCCUUUACCUGUGCCAGAUCAGGCAGGCCGUAGUGACGGGUCAGGAACUAAGGAACCUCAAGCGAAGGGCGAUACGGCAAUGUCACCGUUUCACAACUCUCGUGUGAAGGACAAACGCCAAACUGACAUUGCCGUCAGUGUUCCGGUUCCACUAGAUGGUCCUGCAAAAACAAUGCCGCCCGUGGACAACUCAUCCAACCAUGUUGCUCCAGUGCGGAUCGUAAACCCGGCUACAAGAGGUCGCAAAGCAGCACUAAAAUCUCAUGCAGCAGGCCAGGUACCGCAAUCUAUUCUUCCUGCUGAGCCCCCUCCAGAGCGUAUAGUCCCACGAACCCGUGAGCUAUCAAGGCGUGAAGCCACAGGAUCCGGUCCCGAAGAACGGCCAAAGCGGAAGAUGACUUUUCCCGGCUUCACUUCUGCUCGAGCAGGCGGUCCCUGGAGCAGAGAGGCAUAUGACCUGUUGGAAACGGGGCGACCGGCUUAAAUCUGCCGCAAUUAUCUCUGGCGCGAAGCCAGCGUUAAGCAAAGCUCCAUGAGACCAGGCUGCACUAUCAUAUUUCAGGCUCUCUAAAUGCUUCCACCCUUUGAGACGCAGGAAGCCUAGUUGGUCGACGACCCUUGUGCCUAGGAAUGGACCAUUAUCCCCGACUGGCACAGCAACAUCAUUUCAAUGGCGAGGAACA